UUUAAAUAAAUAAAAUAUUCAAUUAAUAAUUUGCAUCCAAAUUUAUAAUAUAUCUACAUCCAAGUAAUGUUACAGAUGUGAAAUGAAAUCAAUUCUAAAAGCCAUUUAUGUUGUAUAAUAAUUAUUUUAGAGAACUGCUCGCAGGGAGAGAAAGGGCGAGAGAGACUGGCAUGUGAUGUAUUCAGAGACUUCAUUAAGUGAAUGGGGGCAGGUUUCAGAGACUCCCUCUAGCUUUACACAUGAGCACAAAGACAUGUAGAACAUAAAAGCCGUAGUAUGCAGGCAGAUGCCGACAUCAUCCCGUACUGUGAGGAUCCAUUCACAGCAAGUGUGUCCUGCACCUUCCCUCAUUCUACGCAUAUCCAUUUGUUGCUUUGUGUGUGUGUGUGCAUGGUCAACUAGGCUUUCAAAGGCCAAGGUGGUCCUGGCUCAUAUAUUACCCAAAUCAUAGUUUACAUCUCACAUUUAUGCAUUUGACAGAUACAUUUAACCAAAGCAACCUACCAUGCAUUUAUUUAUUUAUAUUAAUCGGUUUGUGUUUUCUCCUGGAAUUAAGACCAUGACCUAUCUGUUAGGGCCAAGGGUUUGAGAGCAGUGGGCUAGGGAAUUAAACAUAUAAUUAAAAUAUAACAGAAGUCCUCAUUAAUGUACUAAUGUAGAGAAACAAUCCUGUGUGUAUUGUAAGGUAUGUUAUGGCCUGUGCUAGAGAUUUGCUGCAAAGCUGCAUGAGCGGCAAAAAAGUUCCAAUACAUUACAGCUAAUGGUCUCUUGCUCUUCAAGAAUAUGCAGCCAGUUAAAAUGCACAGGAAGAGUAUAUGAAUUAUAACUGACGUUGCUGAUUUAGAGAAAAAGGAAGCAGGUAUGACUCGCCAGUCGCCUGUAUUUGAUUUGCUUGUCGGUGAGACAGACGGGACGGCGAACAGAACAGAAGAGGACAGAAUGCAUGCGGGUUGUUAUAUCAACUCAGUUUGAGAUAUGCGUGACAUUUCAGGCUUUCCACCUCUUUUUCUCUCUCUCUCUCAUUGAAUGGGGGAGUGAGAGAAGGGUGGGGGGUAUCAGAGGGGGGUCUGUCUGUCUGCCUGUGUGUGAAGGCACAGACGGUUCAGUAGUAAUGUGAUGUGUGUCCCGAGGGAUGUUUGAUGGAUUAAUGCUGAGCAGCUCCAUUGCGAUGUACCACCUGAUCUCUCUCCCACCGCCUGCCUCUAUAAAACCUGCCUGACUGCUGAUCUCAGCUAGUCUCACAGUUUCUCCUCUCUCUGCCUCUCUCUCCUCUUUCUCUCUCUCUCUCUCUGUCUCUCUCUCUCUUCUCUAUCCCUUCCACCGCCUCCGCUGCAGGCUAGGAGCUAUCCAGUGCUGAACAAGUGAAUUUUUUUCCUUUUUUUCCAAAGCGUAAGCAGGCGUGUGUGUGUACAGUAGCAAGCACACGCGCACACACACACACACAUAGAGUCCUGAAUCAUCAGACAUCUUUCUCGCCUCCUGUGUGCUCUUUAUUUCCUACAUUGACUCUUUGUUUUGUUGUGGUUUCUGGGACGUGGAGCUUCUUUUGUUGGUGGAAUAGAGACGUUACAUGCGGGACAGCACCGAGAUUUUCUCCGGGAUAUUUUUGUGUGUUGGCUUUCUGUCUGCGGCCGAUGUGAGGGAUUUCUGCUGCGUCUGCGUGCGACCGUGUGUGAAUCAUGCCGCGUUCGUUUCUGGUAAAGAAAAUCAAGCUGGAUGAUUUUUCCUCGUCUCCCGUGACAACAUCUAAUCAUCAUCAUCAUCACCAUCAUCAUCAUGAUCAGCUCAAAGACUCUUUUACUCGCUCCCGUUCCGAUCCCACGACGAGCCUGGGUGUCCGGCUUUGUGAAAAUGGCUACAUCCAGGAUUACAUCAGUUCUUCUGCAUACUCUGAUGAGAAGAAGACCGACAUGAAGCUUGGGUCUGGGUUGCCAGAUCCACUGUACUCCCCAGUCAGCAGUGGUGGAGGGGAAUACUGUCAACCGGACCUGGAGCAUCCCGACAGUCCUCAGUCUGGCCUCACGGCCCGUGGAUACUUCAGCAGCGAAAGUGAAUCCCUCACCGAGGGUUACACCAUGGAUGCGUUCUUUAUAUCCGACGGUCGCUCAAGGAGGAAGGGAGAGGUCGCAGAAGUAAGUAAAGGAGACCCGGAGGAGAAGGAAGUGGGCGGGGUCAGCAACGGAGGAGCCAGACACACCUGCAAUGAGUGUGGAAAGACCUACGCCACCUCCUCCAAUCUGAGCCGACACAAGCAGACUCACCGUAGCCUCGACAGCAAAAUGGCACGCAAGUGUCCCACCUGCGACAAGGUCUACGUGUCCAUGCCUGCGCUGGCCAUGCAUAUUCUCACCCAUGACCUCAAGCACAAAUGUCAUGUGUGCAGCAAAGCCUUCAGCCGGCCAUGGCUUCUGCAGGGGCACAUGAGAUCGCAUACAGGAGAGAAACCAUUUGCCUGCGCCCACUGCGGAAAAGCCUUCGCAGACCGAUCCAACCUACGAGCUCACAUGCAGACACAUUCGGCCUUCAAAAGUUACAGCUGCAAACGCUGCAAUAAAACCUUUGCGCUGAAGUCGUACCUGAACAAGCACUACGAAUCCGCCUGCUUCAGAGGCUCUGGAGACGAGGACGAAUCCGGAUCUGAAAAUUAACAACACCAGAUCCAAGAUAAGAGAGAAGAAAGAUUAAGAAGAGAUAAAUGAUAACACUCUCAAAAUUCCUCCACUUACUCCUCCACAACUUCCCCCACUCUCCCUUUUUUAGAAAGCAAUAUUUUCACCAAGAAAAAACCAAACAAACCCAAUAAUAAGAAGACAAUAAUGAAUAGAUGCUGGAUUUUUUCUUUGGUAAAAAAGACUCAUAAAGACACUUUCAAUUAUGAGGCCUGGCAUGCAAAUUUUUAUGAACAUAAUGCUAUUAAUAACAUAAGUAAUAAUAUUUAGAUUCCUGAUGUUUUAUAGCAAAUAUGAAAGAAAAAAAAACAUAAAAAGGACAACGACACGCUUUUUUGAGAAAUGAAAAUCAAUUUGUAUUUUUAUGCUGCUCUUUUAUUUUGAAUUCUUUUGCAACUGCCGACGUGAACUUUUUACGAAAAUGUGAAUAUUGACAGUAUUUGCAAAAAAUGAAAAGGAAAAAAAAGAUUGUAGACCUCUGGAAAGGUGAAAACUUUUGUUACACUUUAGUAUUUUAUUUAUAUGUGUUAUUUUUAUAUUCGAAUUCCCAUCAUUCCUUAGUUCCAUAUUUAUUUAUUUAAUUAUUUAUUGUGCCAAUCAUUUCCUGUAACUGUUGGUGUAAAAUAGAGAAGAGUGACCAUUGCUCAAGUUUACCGCGGUUGCCGCCCAGAGGAUACAGCACUUGAGACUGAACAUUUCAGCGAGCAUCUCAAGCGCUCUCAUUACGACAUAGACGUUCAAUGACAUCGCAGCAGAGUUUGAACAUCUUUGGUGGUCUUCCUGCACAAUUCACGCUAAACCAGACUGCAUGUGCUCCCCAUGACAGGAGCUCCUCCCCUUGUCUUCCUUCUCCAUGAUUACCUCACCCAGAGGCAGGUAUGACCCCUAACCUCUGCUCUGCUCGAGCUCUUUAAGCACCCAUCAAACAAACCUCAUUUCUACCAUUUCAGUAUUGCCGUUGCGAAGUAGAUAUGUAUUUAUUUAUCUUCAUUUCCCUAUUUAUUAAUGUGUAUUUAUUUAUGCACCUAUUUAUUUAUUCUUUUUGUGUAAUGGAUUCUGAACUGCCGUUGAACUUUUAAGAUGCUGCUCUUUAAUGAAACUCUUUAUAUGCAUGAUUCAGCUGUAGAGGGAAUUUAGUCUUUUGGAGAGGAACGGUAUGCAGUGUUUAAGACGGAGGAAUUUCAGGUGAUGAUGCUUUGAAUAAUGGGCAAUAAUUCUUCUUAGGUACAGCCACUUAUAUAAUCACAGCUGUCCUGUUAGCAGUCAAUGUAGGGCAAUAAACGAAACCUCCUUAAUAUCUCAAAGGUCAUUUUCUCCAUUUCGUUGUUUCUACUCCAUUUCCUGCCUAUAGCGUCUGUAAAUGGUGUGCUUUUGUGACUCCGCCCACAUCUGUGUGACAUCACAAUUCAUCUCAUUUCCAAAUGUCAAACAAUUCAGUAUUUCAUAAAUAUCUUGUACAUCUACACACACCAGUGAUAUCCCAAAUGACAUGCACAGCAAAAUCAAGUUAUACUGCUCCCUGUAGGAGCCAACCUUAACUUAUGUUAUUGCUCUUUUUGUACAUACAAAUUUAAAUGACAUUUUAAUAAUGGAAUCAGCAGCAAUAAUUUUAACUAGUCAGAUCCAAUAAACGUGCAGCCUUUUUGUAAAAGCAAAAUGAUUAGGCUUUU